AUGAUUGUGUGCUCCAUCUUUCUCUUGUUCUGUGAAAGCUAUGUAAAUCCUGCAUCCUUAAUCAAGCAGCCGCACCGGUCAGUUAGAGCCCAGCUGGGAGCUUCAGUAGACUUGGAGUGCCACAUGCCGACAUCUUAUCCAGACACCUAUAUUUGGAUUAAACACACACCUGGAGAUGCACCUGAAACCAUUGUGUUCUGGUCAAAUAAUGGGAAUGUGUCUUAUGCAACAAAUGAUGGGAGCACACGAUAUCAAGUGAUGAAAAGCAGCAGCUCCCUCAAUCUGUCUAUCACACAUCUCAACACUUCAGAUUUGGGGACGUAUUAUUGUGGCAUGGUGAAGGGUAAAGUCAUGGUGCUUGGCAAUGGAACUGAGAUCUGCUUAACAGAUAAAGACAACCAAUUACAACUCGACCCUGUUGUCCUCACCCUGGGUAUAAGCAACAUUGUCUUUUUGAUUUUGCUUGUUGUCUGUGUGACAAAGAAGACCAGACAUGGCUGCCAAGGUAAAAUGAAUGGUGAACAGAAAGUUGGUGAAACAUUUGAAAAUGACGAGCCAGACAGUGCACAGGUUCAUGGAGUAAAUUAUGCUGCCUUGGAUUUUGGGAAAAGAAACGACAGGAACAGAGAAAUAAAGAGAGACUUGGGAAUGGAAAUGACUUAUUCAAGCAUUCGAUUACAGUAAUUAUGAUGUCAACACAAGGAAACAAGUGGAAAGCACAGAGUCCAAUUAAUCAGGGGACUUCAUGUACAUAUUGAAGAGAAGUUACACAAUAAUAACUUUUACAAAUAAAAGAUUGCAGAACACAUCAGUUUAAUUCUCAUAUGAUAUGUUCAAUUUAUAAUUUGUCAUAGUAAGAAUUGACAGAGUUGGAAGCCAUCUCAGCAAGAACCUAUUUUGACAGAAUAAUUACUAGUCUA